GCAAUUAUCGUGGAAACAAAAAGAGCUAGAAAAAAAGCACUUCGUAUUCUUGAUCCUUGAAGAAAUAUUGAAAUGUUUGUAUGUAUUUUGUAAUGCAACCAAACUUAAAUAAAAAAAUUAAAAAAGAUUUUGUCAUGAAAAAAAAUAACUUUUUAACUAUUUUUACAAAGAAAUUACAUACGCGUGUUUUCCAAUCAUGUUUUAAAAUUCUAAGAUAAAUUAUAAUUUUAAGAUUAAGGUUAGAAUUAAUAACACUAUUUCAAUUGAAACCAACAAAUCGUGUAAUUGGUGCAAAAGAUACAUGGUGUUCCUUAACUUUGAAACUUAUUAAAAAAAUUCCAAAUUUUUGUGAGUCGAACCUAGAACUCGACUUUGUGUCAAAUGUUUAAUUUUGUGCAUUGUGUUUUCCAAUAAAAUUCUCAAUAAUUUCAAUUUUCAAAGUGUUGUGUUUAUAACUACAUAAUAUUGAAAAUCAGCCACGGCUUUGUUUUGAAUUUGUUUAUACCUUUCGUAUUCAUUAAUUCAUCUGUCAGUUAUAUAAUCAUUUAAUGACAAUACAUAAUGUCGCAGGCAACAUCUUCAAAAAUAGAUCUCACGAAAUCCGAACCGACUAAAUCGACUGUUUCGACUAAAUCAGUUCACCAGCCACCCGACUCGGCUCCAUCUUCACAUACACGCGACAGAAGCGAAGAUGCCCCAGCCCGCUCAUCAGCUUCGCAAUACAGAAAAAAGAAAACCAAGCGGAAACGUUCUAAACAUCGGCAUCGCCACCACCAAAAAGAAGUUACCCAGUUUGAUUACGACAAAUACGAGGGAGUCGUUCAUGUUAUUCUUAACGAAGAGGUUCAACAUAUCCUAAAAUGUGUAGUUGGAGAAGAUGUUACGGCGGAAAAACCGUGGACCCACAUAAAGAAAUAUUUUAUUUCCGAGCAGGUAGAAUCUGAUGAAGUUCCUCCUGAAUAUGAGACAUUCUUACCAUAUAAGCAAGCGAUUGCCGAUUUUCCAAAUGACAUUAUGUUAAUUGGAUACAUCCCUGAUGAAUCCAGAGACUAUGAUGAGUAUUAUUUCUGCUUGACUGUUGAAGUUGAAGAGGCAGUCACCAAAUUAAUCAAAGAACAGGAGGAACUACAAUUAGCUAGAUUGCAGAACACUAUUAACAAAAAAGUUAGGGAAUGGCAAACACUUGGAAGUGAAGCAGAAAUAGAAGAAGCAUGGAUUACAAAUACUAGAGGAUUGCUAAUUGUUGAAUUCGAAGCAAAAUAUCCAAUAAUAACUGAUGAUGUAAAAUUUCGCAUGCGUCUGGUUCACGAAGCAAGAGACGGUUAUGCAGAACUCAAAACUGGACCAAGGUAUCAAGCUCCAAUCCUUCACAAGAAACGAAUUGAUAACUCCAUGCAAGUUGCCCCUAUUGUUAGAGUCAACCACGCCCAAACCACUUGCAGUUAUCCGAAGAAUGUAUGGACUCAAUAUGAAUACCACGUAGACUUCAUUGAAGACCUCUCAAGGGAUUGGAUGGCUAAUUUUCGAUAUUUUACCAAUUCUCGAAUGGAAGAAUUAUCAGAUACUUUAAAUGUGAAUGGAAACCUUAACCUCUAUUCCAACGAUUAUAUGGACCUUGUUGACGUUGACUUUCCCAUAGUAUCUGAUAUCGUCUUCAAAGAGUAUCAAUCUUUCGACGAUGUUAAAAGGUGUAUGAAUAAAAUGAUCUCUGCGAUGAGUUGGCAUCCGAUGUGGAGUGGAGUCGUUGCUAUAGCAUACGCCAACGUGUCUCCGAGAUGGUACCACUUCGAAACCAAAGAGGAGAAUUUAAUGCAAAACAUUGUACAUGGAUACAACCCUAUUCUCGUCUGGUCAUUUAACGAUUCAUUAUAUCCCAAAUUGAUUUUGGAAACAAACGCGGAAGUUCAUUGUUUAUCAUUUUGCCCACAUGAUCCUAACCUGUUAGUGGGUGGCUGCGUCAAUGGACAGAUUAUUCUCUGGGACAUAAAAAACAAACUUACUAAAGUAGAGACUGAGGAAAUUCUCACGCCAGCGCAACAAUCUUAUAGGACCAGGUUAUUUGCUGAAAUGUCUUGGAUGAAGAACACGCGAGAUUAUUCGUUGGUACCACCAACAGCAUUCAGUCAACUGCUGUUUUCACAUAUUAACAACGUUACCUCCAUUUCAUGGAUACACCCAAUGUAUAAAAUUGAAAAUACUGGACACGUGGAGAUGGUUUCUGAAGAUGAAGCGCCUUCUUUACAGUUUGUAUCAUCUAGCUCCGAUGGUACCAUCAAGUUUUGGGACCUGAAACAAAAGGUUAUUAUAUCAGGCGAUUAUAAACCAGUACGAAAAUCACGCCGUUUGGGUAAACGCCCAAGUGCUUUAACAAUGGACGUUUCAUCGUACAGAUUUUUAAAUCGUAAAAUGCUACCACACUUUGAAGUGAAUAUAAUCCUUCCGGGAUCGGAAAAAUUAUGCCCCGUUGCAAGUAUCUGUUUUUCCGCUGAUCAACUAAAAUACGUUGAGAAGAAUCCUGAAAUAAAGAAAACUUAUAAUUUAACAGAUAGAAUUUCAUAUGAACCAGUGAAAGAAUACUCUGGGACACCAGUGAUUCCCGUAAUAACUGUCGGUACUUACACUGGAAUGGUGAUGGCAGCUACCUGGGAAGGUUAUGAAUAUAUCUCGGGCGAUGUUUGCUCCAGAGAAGAUGCAAAAUUUAUAGCGACUGCAAAAUAUCACGAUGGUCCUGUGUUAGCAUGCAGAAAACAUCCGGUUUUAAAUGGUGUUUACCUUACAAUUGGAGGGAAAGUAUUUUGUAUCUGGAUGGAUAAAUUGAAAGGAAAGCCGUUACUUUGGCGCAGGUCCCGACAUAAAUACACGCAUGGUAAUUGGGAGCAAGCAAGCGCUUCUUGUUUUUGGAUCACGACAUCAAACGGCAGUUGCGAAUAUUGGAAUUUGGAAGCAAAAAGCGAUGGACCGUAUUUAGAACACAUGUAUAGCGGUAAACCACUGCUUGAAAGUGAAGUACACCCAUUACCGAUUAUGAACGAUACCAUGAGGAUGGUAGGGAUUGCGGACGAUCGUGGUACACUGCGUUUGAUUCUGUACAAUGCUCACAAAGGUGAUAAUAUUGAAGAACAAGAGGCUUUUCUAAAGUUUCUGAACAACAACGCUGAUCGCGCUUUAGAUUUUGAAGAAUGGCAGACGAAAUGGACAGAUACACAUGCCAGUUGGAUUAAGGAGCAGGCUGAGUUUGAAUUAGCUGAACAAAUAAGACUUCGCGAGGAGGAAUUGGCGCGUCAAGCGUUUGAAGAAGAACAACGUGCGAAGGAAGCAGUUGAGGAAGCAAAACGUGAAGCAGCCAAACUGCAUCCUCCAGUUGGAAAGUACGAAGAAUGGGCAAUUGAUCGUUGGAUCCUUAAGGAACAGGAACGCAUGGGAAUUGAACUUUUAACAAACAAGCGUCUUGAUAAAGAUACUUUAAUGCGACAACAAGCUCCACUUAAAAGAAUUGAAGUUGAAGCAGCUAAAAAACAACAAAAAAUUAAGCAACGUCUGGCAAAAGUUGAAGAGAUUUUUAAUGAGACCAUAGCCAUGUUAUUUCCAAACAUGGUGGAAAAACAAAUUCCAGAUGUUUACGAAAAGAUUUCUUAUACUGACGAUCAAAAAGUCGUGUUUGAGGAAAAUCUUCUGAACGCGUUUAAUGAUAUUGAAGCUGAGUCGAAUGAAGUGAUUGAGAUGAAUCCUUUUGUGUAUGAACUAGAUUGGAAGAAAAUAUUGAACGUUACCAAGAACAAGAAGAUAAAAGAUGCGUUUCAUCAUACAGAAAGACAUUCGGAUCGACAUAAGCAGUAUAAGAUUCGCAGAGAGUCGAGCGACGUUUCCUUCUGGUAUUACAAAAAACACCAAAAAAAGAACGAAGAAGAGGAGGAAGAGGCGGAAAACGAGGAAGAUCAAAACGAUUUAACGGACACAUAUGAUAAUCUAUUUUAAUUAUAUAUGAAUUCCUAUAUAAAAUAUACAAUAUUAACUAGCUA